UGUCCUGGUGCUGAAAAUCACACAGCAGCACUCGUUCCCAUAGGCAGGGGAGAUGCUAUACAUGUUUACGACUGUCAUCUGAGCCGUUUGCAAAAGGGACUAUGCUGCUGUUACCUCCCAAGCAUGCUAUAGGAGGAGUGGCUGUCUUGCUCGCAGUUCUCCAUGCCUGCGCGGUGCAGGGCGCGCCGUUCCGGCACUAUCGCGACACGGGCUCAUACUUGGCCCCCAGCUCCAACAUGGUCAAAGCACUGGAGUACCUUGAGAGUAGUAUGAAGGAGCGAACAGACGGACUAGAGAGACCCACGGUUGACUACGACGAGGUGGAAAAGUUCCGCGUCCUGGUGCAGCUGGCGUCCCUUCAAGACGAGAGCGCGCCGCAGCCAGUGCGCGGGGAUGGCGGCUGGAUGGGAAGCAAGACGCCGCAGUGGGCGCGAGAGCUGUUGCGAGCGCUGGACCAGCCGAGCCGUGCGUCUAAAAUCAGGCAAAGGCCAGCGGGCUCGGACGGAGCUGCUGUGGGGGACUACGGUGGCAUGGUGAAAGAGCACAAGAGCUUUCCCCUGAUGUUCGAGGACGACGAGAAAGCCAGGGGCAGCUCCUCCAAGCGCGCCACGGAAGACCUGAAUGAGCAGUACACCCCGCAAAGCUUGGCCAACAUGCGCUCCAUCUUCGAGGAGCUCGGAAAACUAUCAUCAGCCAAAGAGGCCCAGAAGCGCGCCGCCCAGAAGUUCUACAGUAACGACGACGAGGAGGAAGAGGAGGAUGAUGAUGACGACAUGUACAUGAAGGAGAGGAAUCUCGCCUACGAGGAUGUCGCGGGUGGUGAGGACUGGGUACCGCUGGAAGAGCAGGUGGAGACCGAGGAGCUGGUGAGGGGGAGCCAUGAGGAGUACGAGCGCGGUUUAGGGGACAGCGCGGAGGAUGUGGAGACCAUCGAGCGCCGUGCAGCAGCUCAAGACGCCGACGACGACACAAAGCUUGAGGAUUACUACAUUUUGAAGGUGUUGGAGAUGAGUGACCAGGAGGCCAAGCGAGAGGCUGGCCUCCAAGACAACAGGAAGAGGUACAUCCGGCCGUCUCUCAUCGACCCGCAAGCCAUCAACAAGCUGAAAGCCAUAUCGCUGAAAAUGCAAAUCCCACCCGAUGAGCUCAUCGAGAUGCUGAUAACAGGGGAAGUCAGAAAACAAGAGCGCCCCGUGGCAGGGCUUGAGAGGAAACCCGUGCCUCGCUACAAGGGCAGAAUCGGCAAUUAUUACAACAGGCGUCUGCCUGAGAAAUAUUCCAACUACAUCACCCCUAACUUCAAGGCCGAGGACAUUCUAAAUAUCCUGGAUAACCUGAGGAAUCAGAAAUACUACCAGAAACAGCGGCCUUAUAAGACCACUGUAUCAAGAUUUGUGACGCCAAGUGGUCACCGCGGGAGCCUGGUCAUGUCAGAGAUGAAUAAAGCUCCCAACAAGAGAAAAGACGAUUACGACGACUCUGUGGACGAGGACGAGUUGACGUUCCUUGCGGCUAAAGUACUGACCGAGUAUCCCGACGGGGAGAAUUCCAAACGCGCCGUCGAAGCGCAAGAGCAAUUUCCCUAUGAAUUGUACGAAGAGGCAAUGAAGGACUAUCUUGACCAGGUAGAUACCGGUAAAAGUGGCCCAGUGAAACGAGAUACUGAGGCCAAAGAAGAAGCUGAGGCGAAAAAGAUGAGCGACGACGCGUCCUCAGAGCCACUGGAUGAACUGCAGCCAGAGGCAGCCCAGGAGGAGAAGGAGCACCUCGCAAAAAUAGUGUCAGGAAUGUGACAACAGAGGAGGAGCUGAUAACAGCAACAACAAAUGUCUGCGGGAUAGCAGAUAGCUGCGUAUUUGAUCACUGAAAAUAACCAGUCUGGUGGAAGUGCUAUAGUUUUACAUGGAAUUUUAAAAUAUAUCUAUUGUAAAUACAACAUAAUCCAGUGUUCGAGAGAAUUAAAGUCAUCCUAUUUUGU